CCCUCUCUGCACUUCACCUUCCUUUCUCUCUCUCUCUGUGUUCUUCCAUUUCCAUGGCGGCCUUGGAGGAGCAUUACCAAUCCAAACAAACCAACAAUCCCACUACUCGUUUGAAGCUCUUUGGAUUUGACGUCCAAGAAGAUCUUGAAGACGAUUCCACCCCUACUCCCUCUGCCUCCUCCGACUCCGGCGCCGCUCCCUCCUCCGGCGACCGUAAGUAUGAGUGUCAGUACUGUUACAGAGAGUUCGCCAACACCCAAGCCCUCGGCGGCCACCAAAAUGCCCACAAGAAAGAGCGCCAGCAGCACAAACGCGCCCAAUUACAAGCCUCCCGAAACGCCACCGUUUUUAGAAACCCCAUCGUUUCUGCCUUUGCUCCACCGCCUCACCUCCUCCCCUCUGCCGUCCUCACCUCAUCAUCUUCCUGGCCGCCGGUAUAUAUGCCUCAGGCCCCACCCCAAUUCCAGGUCUCCCACGGCUGCGUCUUCACCCCACCGCCGCCACCGCCAGCCUUCUUUUCAACCGGGUCUCGGUCGGCUCACGGGAUAGUGGAUGGCCCGUCGCUGAGCCGGUUCUCCACCGUCGAGGAUGGACCCGGCUUCGAUGAUGGACCGGGUUUGGAUUUGCAUCUCAGCCUCGCACCGUCGGCGCCAUGAAAAUCGAAGCCCCCAACUUCUUUUUUUUUUUU